AUGACUGAAGAUGUGCCACCUCGCGGACGAGCCUCACACUCUCUUGCUGUCUACCACGUACCUGAUAAUACUCUUACACCACCAGAGAGCCUCAUAGGUAAGAUAAAAGCCAACACGUUCACAGAUCUCGCUACGAACAAAUUUCCCAACCACCAUUCACCACCCUUGCCCACCAUUGGCACCACUGCUGAGGAACCUGUUGCCAGACCUGUUACUAGGAGGGUGAUGUACGAUCCUGUUCGAGAUUCCGUCACCUCUUCUUUGUCUGCGGCUUCCCCAAGCUACACGGCCCCGCCCACGGAGCAGUCUACACUGGAGGAAACAAAACCAGCACUACCAUAUCCUGAGAUCUCAGUAUUGUCUAGCGCACUCCCUGCUCCCUCCAUACACGUAAGGCAUCCUCCGCGCAACGAGGAUGAUUCGCUUAUCCGCGCCCGAAUUAUCCGAGGAUUCCCCCCAUGCCUCUACGACACCCCCACGGCUGCUGAUAAGAGACCUCAGCUCCAAUACCCACAUUAUGCCCGGCCUCGGGAUACACGGCGUAUUGAUGGUCCGUCGGCGGUGUAUAGGACACCCGCCGAUACCGAGCUUGGCACGGUUCAAGGGCCACAGAAAGAAUACGCAAUUUCCAGGAGUUCCAAGACAACGAAUGGUUCCACAAGUAACAAGCGACAUUACGCAGCAUUAGAAGACCAAGUCGAUGAUCGUUCCAGUAAAUCCAGUAAAUCCAGUAAACCAUUCCCGAAGAAUGUGAACGAGUCAGUGUAUGCGGAUAUCAAAGGGAAGGGGAAAGGACCUGCUUCUCAAUCUCCUGCGUUUCGAUUGGACAACUUAUUGGGCCCAGUCACGCCUGAAAGUCCAAAGGGACGGCCGGCCGGGAGUGAUGCGAGUUCAGAGCGCUCUCAAUCAGAAACUCGCACCAUUGAACGACCUGUACCAGAAACAACGUAUACGUUCAGCGGCAAGCUUCCUCCCCCACCAUACACCGGUCAAUCUGGCGUCUCACCAUCAUCAGACCCGUUCAUUGGCACUAUGGGAAUAUCAGUCUCAUUAGGUACUGACUUCAGUCGCUUUGCGGUUCCUGAUGAGUUUGAGCGAAAAGUUAUUUCGACAUCGGGCCCAAUAACCAAUGAUGCUUUACGGAGUACUAUACCCAGCUCUUCACAUUCGCUACCAAGCGUCCCGAACGCCAAACAUGCACGCAAGCAUACUAGCCAGCAACGUAGAAAAGCACGUGGACUCUUCCCUCAAGACAAUGUACCGUUGGCCAUCUCAACUACUACAACCAAACAGUCUCGAUACCGGCCAUCUGGUGACCGACAGCCCGUCGCAUGCGGGUACAAGGAUCCCAUUACUGGGGUACAGUGUGAUGAACCAUUCAAUCGAUCAGUGGAGCUGCGGCGACAUGUUAGGGCUGUUCAUGUUCCUGCGGAGGCUUUGGCUGUGACGAUGGGACAGCUCAGCCGGUCUCAAGCAACCUUGCUCCCGGUGGACUGGAAACCGGGCGACGGCGACGUGUUACGACCGAAAUGUGUAUGCGGCAAGGAGUUCUCUCGUCUAGACGCAUUACGGAGGCACUGGACGGGUGUCAAUGCUGAAGUUAAGGAUGGGAAAUGCAUAUCAUGCCCAUCAAGCAUCAGCAAAAAGAAGGACCAUACCGCAUUUGAGCAGCAAGGGAUCGAAAGUGCUUAUGGGGCUCCUGCAUAUUCAUAA